AUGAACGGUGAAGAAACCGAUUCUCAUAGCAGCAGUGACUUCGGUGAUUUGGAAUUUAAUAGUGAAGUUAGUUAUGAAUCAACGCGUUCUUCAUCCUCAGAUACUUCUCAAUCCCAUUUUUGGCACCAACAAUUCAUCAAAAUUGAUCUUAAAAAGAUUAAUCUCAUCAACGGAAAGCAAAUCUUUUCUGAUAUUCCAAAGCUUUCUCUAAUUUUGCGAUUUAUUACGAAUGAAUUAUGUAUCACUUCGAAUGUCACAUUGAAUGAAAUAGUGAUUCCGUUAAAUCAACUUAAGAAACUUAAAAUAUCGCAAGAAAGAGAAGUACUCGUGGAUUUUAGAAAGAAUUUUGAAAGAGUUAAUUAUAAUUAUCCACAAGGACUUUUAAAUCUUAGAAUUCAUUUGCCUUUCGAUCCGGCUGGAGGUGACUUAAAUGAUGUCACGUCCCUCUUAUUCGUGCCGGCUGAUUGGGUGGAUAAUAAUACUUUAAUAUUUUUUGGUGAAGGUGUCAAAAAAUUGUGGGUAACUCAGGUAAAUGAAAAUAAUUUUAAAAAACUGGAUAAUAGUAGCAAUAAAACUAGUGAUAAUGAAGAAACAUACUUGCAUGUAGUUGAUAUUAAUCCAAAUCGUGUGACAUAUAAAAAUUUGUCAAAUGAUAUUAUUACUCUAAUUGAUGAAGAAGAUUGGAAUGCGGUAAAGUGGGAAGCAAGGAGAUCGCAAAUUUAUCACAUUUCAAUGUUUUUCUCUUGA